UCCCUCCACUGCUGUCGCCGACCGCCACCCAACUCAUCUAGGGUUUCCGCCGCCGCCGCCGUCCCCGUCCGAUCAACUCGCCGGCGCAUCCGCGCGUGUUUCCCCGCCGCCGUAUGUGCGUCCGCCCCCUCGCCAACCUGGACCGCCGGCACCGCACCCCUCUCUGCCCCGAUGUCGUCGAGGACGCCCACGGCGGGGUCCCGCGGCGCCGCUGGCGCUGGCGGAGGCCGGAAGAAGCAGGCGGCGGCUAGCGGCGCGAGACCGGCGCCGAGGCAGCACGUCCGGAUGAUCCAAGAGCACCUGGCGCGCGCGCGCGAGGAGGAGCGGCGCGCGGAGGAGAGGCGCCGGGAGGAGGAGGCGAGGCGCGCCGAGGAGGAGCGCAGGGCCAGGGAGGAGGCGGAGAGGCGCGCCGAGGAGGAGAGGAGGGCGCGGGAGGAGAGGCGGCGCAAGAGGCAGGAGGAGGCGCGGAAGCGGGCCGAGCGGGAGGAGAAGCGCCGGAUGGAGGAUGCGCGAAGGCGGCUCGGCAUCGCCGUCCCUGAUGCCGCCAGCGGUGAGGGUAGGCACAGAAGGCCCGUGUAUGAGUCGAGAAAGUCAAAAUCACAGCCCAAGCAUCAAUCUGGAACUAAUUUGGGAGAAACUCAUGUAAUUGAGAAGCAAUUGGAGGACAUGCAGAGCAAUGCUUCCCUGGAAGAUACUGAUGGAGUAGUUGUUGAUGUGCUGGAAUUGAGCAAGGAACAGAUUACCCAACCAUUAUCAGAAGAUAGCAGUGGAAUCGACGACGAUGAUGCUUGGGAGAAUAAGAGCUUUGGCGAAUUUGAUGCUCAGUUGUGUGGUGAUUCUCCCCCUUUUGGAGAAGAGGAAGAUGAGCGAACAGAGGAAAAACAUGUGUACUCUGCUGCUCCGAUUGCUGACUCGAUGAGUUUAUCUGAUGAUAUUGGGGAAGAUGUGGUCUCUAUCCUUCAGGAUGAUGGUUCAAGCAAUGGCAUUGAUAGGGAGCUUCGAGCACCAAUAUGUUGUAUCCUUGGGCACGUGGAUGCUGGAAAAACAAAGCUGCUUGAUUGCAUCCGGCGAAGCAAUGUUCAGGGUGGAGAGGCUGGGGGAAUCACACAGCAGAUUGGUGCAACCUACUUACCAGUUGAGAAUAUCAGGGAGAGGUCCUCCCUGAAAGAUGAGGCCACAAUCAAGGUUCCUGGUUUGCUUGUAAUUGACACCCCUGGCCACCAGUCAUUCAGUAACAUGCGCUUGAGGGGAUCAAGUUUGUGUGACAUUGCUGUAGUGGUUGUUGAUAUUACGCGUGGGCUGGAGAAGCAGACCAUUGAGUCCCUUGAUCUUUUGAAACACCGCAACGUGAGGUUUAUUGUUGCCUUGAACAAGGUUGAUCGGCUGUAUAGGUGGAAGACUUGUCCCAAUGCACCAAUAGCAAAAGCGCUCAAGAGCCAAUCUGAAGAUGUCCAAAGCGAAUUCAAAUGGAGGGUAACUGAGGUUGUAACACAACUUAAGGAAAAUGGCUUCAACGCCGCCCUGUAUUAUGAAAACAAGAGGAUGAAAGGAGUGGUGAAUAUUGUCCCAACUAGCGCUGUAAGUGCUGAAGGCAUUCCAGACCUUCUGCUGCUGCUGGUGCGGUGGGUGCCAGAAAUAAUGAUGGAAAGACUGACAUAUGCCAAUAAUGUAGAGUGUACUGUGCUGGAGGUCAAUGAAGACAAAGAUUUCGGAACUACUAUUGACGUAGUGCUGAUUAAUGGUGCACUUCGUAAAGGUGAUCAAAUAGUUGUUUGCACCAAACAGGGGCCUGUCACAACCAACAUAAGAUAUUUGUUGACACCUUAUCCCAUGAAAGAACUGAAAGCUAAGGGAGUAUAUAAGCAUCACGAGGAGCUUAAAGCUGCCCAAGGGGUAAAAAUUGCAGUGCGAGGACUGCGACAUGCUAUAGCAGGCACUGCUCUCAUUGUGGUGAAACCAGGGGAUGAUCUGGAACAAGCUGAAGCCGCUGCAGUGCAAGAAAUCAGUAAUGCCAACAGCCUGUUCAAUGAGGAUGAAAGGGGUGAGGGUAAUGAUGGAACAGCAAUAGAAGAAAUAAGUAGGAUCAAAACUUGCAAGGAGGGUGUCUAUGUGCAAGCAUCUAGUCUUGGAACCUUGGAAGCCAUUAUUGAGCAUUUGAAGACCCUUUCUUUGGACAUUCCUGUUGGUGGUUGCAACUUAGGCCCAGUGCACAAGCAGGAUGUCCUGAAAGCGACUGCUAUGCUGAAGAGGAAAGAAGAGUAUGCAGCCAUCUUGGCCUUUGAUGUCAAAGUAAUGCCUGAGGCUUUUGACCUUGCAGCUGAGUCAGGGGUGAAGAUUUUUAUGGCUCAUACGGUAUACAAGCUUGUUGACAGCUUUACUGAUCACAUUAAGAAACUGAAGGAAGAGAAGAAGAAGCAAUAUGCAGCUGAGGCAGUGUUCCCAUGCACCCUUAAGGUUCUGCCAAACCAUGUCUACCAUAAAAAGGAUCCAAUUGUUUGUGAUGUUGAAGUUUUGGAAGGUGUUGUCAAGGUGGGAACCCCAAUUUGUGUCUCUGUUCCAAGCAAGGAUAGAGAUGCAGACGUGGUUCAUAGCCUUGGGAGGAUAUCUUCCAUGGAAACAUCCAAUGGAAAGCCGAUUGAUUCUGCCAAGAAAGGAGUAGUGUCGAUAAAGAUAAUUGGGGAGAACCCUCAGGAGAGGUCCCGAUUGUAUGGACGCCAUUUUAAUGCCGACAACGAGCUGCUCAGCCAAAUCUCUAGGAAAUCUAUUGAUGUGCUGGAAGAGUAUUAUCAGGAUGAGAUGACUAAUGAAAAUUGGCAGCUGAUCCGCAGGCUAAAGAAGCAAUUUGGGAUACUCUGAAGCCUUGGAAGAUUCCUCUAGCAUCUGCUCCUUUAGAGCUGCCCUCUUUCUUUUCUAUGUUUUCUGUAGUUCAUUGAGACACUGGAACACUGGAAUAUUCAUACGUUUUUUUGGUUUGUUCAUGGAGGCACUUGAACGGAGUUAUUCUUGUGUUGUUCAAACCUUUAUGUUAAAAUCAAUAAUAGAUGCUUGAUAUGUGGAA